AUGGAGCCCAUCUCAGAGCAAAUAAAGAAAUUACUAGAAGAAGGUGGGCAAGGCAUCAUUGAAAUGCAUCCAGAGCGUCACAAUCUUUCCUCUCUAAUCUCGCUUAUCACUCUCUAUAAAAAAUCAGCCCAGAUUAGUAAAAUUAUAAUUUGUACUAAAAACAUUGAAGAAGUGGACGAAAUACUCAAAAGACUUAAACAAAUAAAUUUUGAUGGCCUUGCAUUUGGAAUUUUACACAAGAAAGGCUUGUGCCUUAACAAUGAAGUAAACUCAAAAGAAAGAAUUGAAGUCGAAUCAGAGUGUCUCGAGCUCUGCAACGCCAGUCAAGGCUGCAGCUACUAUGAAAAUUUCAAAGAAAAGCCAAAUUUUUUUAUCAAUGGUGUCUUAACAAGCAAAGAGCUAAAAGAUAUCUGCGAACUUGCUGGGAUCUGCCCUUAUUUUUUACAAAGACGUGCUUUGUCUCAAGCAGAAGUCAUUGUUUGUACCCACCAGUAUUUCUUUCAGUCCGGAUUUUCAGAUCUAAAAUCAACCCUUAAUCAAAAAAACGCGAUUUUAUUUUUAGAUUCCCAUAAUCUUGACUCCACAAUAUUAGACGAAUGCAGCAUAAAUUUGAAUUUAAACUUAUUAUCAGAAUCUUUAGGAAACAUAAAAGCUAUUUUGCAGAUUCUUGAAACCACUGAUCAAAAUUUGAAGCAAAAUUAUUACAAUGCUAUGAAAAAUGUAAAUUUUAUUCUGUUUUGGAUCAGUUUGGCAGAAAUAUUAUAUCCUAGUAUAUUUUUUAAAGUAUCCAUUAAUAUAUUAAAUUAAGUAUAAUUAGAACUUAAAAUCUGCGAAUUUUUUUGAAAGAAGUUUAAUGGCUAUUUCUGUUCCUGAUAGCUUGAUGGAGAGAACAGUCCCAGGCCAAAUAAGAAAGCCGGAAUAUUUUUUAGGAUUUAUUAAAAGGGUUGCAGUCCACCUAAGAAAGCUUUUAAGAUCAAAAGAACCAAAAAUAUACUCACUCCACUCCCUCCCCCCCCCCCCCCUCCGUGAGCGAACAAAAAAAUUUUGUUCGCUCACGGAGGGGGGUUAAUUUUUUUUUUUAAAAAAAAUUUAUAUAUAAAUUUUUAUAAAAAAUAUUUUUUUCGAAAUUUAAAAAAAUCCUAAUUUGCAAAAAUUGGGAAGCAAAUAUUAAUUUAAUUUGCAAAAUUUAUGUUUUAAAACGCAAUUUGUUUAAAAUUAAACAGAAUUAGCUAGAUAUUUCACGAUAAUAAUUAUCACUUAUAUAUCAAUUUUUUUUCUAUUAAAAAAAUUUUUGUUCACUCACGGAGGGUGGGGUUUUUGGUCAAAAAAUGGCGAUUUUUCUAAUGGUUUUUGUUCGCUCACGGAGGGGGGGGGGGGGAGUCAGGAUCUCGAAUGCUCUACGACUUAAAAGUUAACGCUCUAAUCGAGCCUGACUGCUUGAAAUUCGCGAUUUUUUCCCUCCAUGCUCUCUUUACCCUAUUUUCUGACAUUUUGCCUAAAGAAUACUACCCUCUUCAGCUGCUCUGCAGAUUUUGCACAAUUUUAGCAAACAGCUCAGAAGGUUUUAUAAUAGUUUUUGAGCCCCACCCAGAGUCUCAAAACAUUUACUCUCCUGUUUUACAAUUAACUUGCCUUGACGCUACAUUUUGCUUAUCUCCUAUAUUAAGCUCCUUUUCCUCAUCUUUAUUUGUAACAGCAACCUGCACCCCGCCUGAAAUUUUUUCAAAAUUAUUAGGCCUUUCCCCAAGUUUUAAGACAGAAUUAAGCUGUUCUUCAAUAUAUUGCCCACUAAUGCUGACGAAAGGAUCUGAUCAAUUGGCAGUUUCAGCUAAAGAAGAAAAAAGUGAUGAAGGGGUAAUUAGGAAUUAUGGGGAUUUAUUAUUGGAGCUGGCUGAUACCAUUCCUGACGGAAUCAUUUGUUUUGUGACUGGAUAUAAGUAUUUAGAGGACAUUGUGCUAAAAUGGAACGAAACUGGCUUACUUUAUAGGCUGUUGGACCACAAAUUGGUAUUUUUUGAAAGCCGUGAUGUGAGGGAAACACAAAUAGCUUUAUAUAAUUUCAAGCUUGCAUGCUCUUCUGGAAGAGGGGCUGUUUUAUUUUGUGUAACAAAUGGAUAUGCAGUUGAUGCUGUGAGUAUUUUUUCAGCAUGGUGCAAAUGUGUGGUUAUUUUUGGAGUCCCUUAUCAAGAUGUGCUGAGUCGGGUAUGCUUUUUAAUAUUAAAUUAGAAAAAAUUAUAAAUAUAUAGUCCUAUUUAAUUUAAUAAAAAAUACUAAAAGCAAGACUUACAUAUAUAAAAGAAAAAUAUUCAAUUGAAGAAAGUGAAAUGCUUAAUUUUGACUCAAUGAGACAAACAGUUUAUUGUAUGAGCCAAGCAUUAAGACCAAAUAAUAAUUAUGCUUUACAAAUUUUCGCAGAUAAAAGAUAUGUUUAUAGCCAAAAGAAAGAUAAGCUUCCCAAAUGGAUCCAAGAGAAAUUAAAGCCGAAUUUUUCAAGUUUGUCAACAGACGCACUUAUUAAUAUUUCAAGGCAAUUUCUUAGGACUGCAGCUAUAUAAUUUGAAUUAAUUAUGAUUUUAUAUUAAAAAUCAAAAUUUAUUUACUACAAAGGCUAUAAGAAAAUUUUUAGUUUAAAAUAAUAUUUCUAAUAGGCUUCUUUUAAAUAUUUCAUAUGAAGGAUUUAGCUAUUUUUUCUAAUAGCUUAUUUUUGCUAUCAAGCAUAAUAAAAUUAAUUUAAGGUAA